AUGUAUGACGAAAAAGCCCUCAAGUUCGACAUCCCCGCCAUCAACCGCCUGGACCACCCCAAGCUGGUGCGCGGAAACAGAGGUCGCCGCAACCACGUAGACCUCACCCAUUCGCUGGUGGCAAAGGGUGCGCUACAAGGUACAAAUGCGAAUGAGGCAGCGCGUUACCGAUACCACAGCCUUAAUACGGCAAUGAGGUACUACGACGUGAUGGAGGACGGUCGUAGAGCACACGCGGUGCAGUGGGCACUCCUCAAAUCGGCGAACAAGUACUACGGUGUAGCAAGCUCCAGUGAGGAUUCUGCCGACGAGGACGAACAGCAGUUCGAGGAACAAGCAACGACCAGUGCGGUUGAGCAGAUGGAGGAGGGCCGACAUCCAUUCAUGAGCCUGAGCCGGAGCCGCCGGUCCCCGUCGAGCAAAAACAACGGCCACACCGAGCUGCUACUGGACAUCUCCCACCUGCAGCACGGCCAGCGCAUGGAGACCAUCCUGGACGUGGCACCGCCAGGGCACGGUGCGCAGGACGGCUACGGUGGACCAGACAUGACACCCUGCAGCGACGGACCCGGCCCCGUGGGGCCCUUUGAGGACGUCCCGGAGCACACCAUCCGCGUUGUCAGCGGACUGGAAACGUAUCUCCGCAUGCUGAAGCUCACCGUCACCGAGGCGUCAGCAUUGUGGUGUUAUCUUUCCGUCUCAAGGCGCUGCAAGGCCUUAGUAAGCCAGCUGGCGCGCUGGGCAGGCGAUUUUGGAAGGUGGUGGUGGAACGGGAGCGGCACCCCACCAACCAGCGUGAGCGGAUCUGCAAUAAGAAGCGGGUGGAGCGCUACCGCAACCUUUUCAAACGGAGCACCGCAUUCAAAAGACGAAGACCAGGCUCAGGAGCGUGACGCUCGGCUUCAACGCCAGAAAGGAGCUAGAGGCGCUGAUGCCGAGCCUCCGGGAGGUCCAGAACAUCGGCGAUCCUGUGUCGUUCCUCCGCGACCUACAACUGGCUUCAGGGCCGGCACCGGGAACGACACGGCCCUGCUGGCAGACUACGACGCCCAGCUGGCCGAGUACCGGGGCCAGGUGGAGCAGAGACAUGGCGUGCCCACAUUCGCCGAGUUCCUCGACUUCGUGCUGGCCAGUGAGCCCACCGGAGACACUUUCGACAGUCACUGGACGCCCUACUGGCGACAGUGCGCGCCCUGCCACAUGGGCUAUGACGUCAUCGGAAUGCUGGAAACCGGCGCUGAUGACUUCAAGUACAUGUGGCACCGAAUGAAGAUCUACUCGUCGGUGAGGAUUCCGCGCCAGAACGCGCUCCAGCGCAACAGCACGGCGCUGGAGGAGCACGCCAGGCGCUACUUGGCGCCCGUGCACCCGGCCACCGUGGCGCGCCUCGGCCACCGAUUUCGGCUCGACUUCGAGUUGUUCGGCUACGACUGGGAGCAGAUGCUGCGCCUGUCGGGCCACUGCGCGGCCACCGGGCGCUGCGUGCUCGCUUAGCGUCAGCGGCCGCGGUAGCCGGGCGCGCGUCUGCCCGCGUAUGCGUGCCGUGCUGUGGCCCCGCGUGGCGCGAGGUGUGGGCCGUGCUGUGGCCGCGCGUGGCGCGAGGUGUGGGCCGUGCUGGGGCCCCGCGUGGCGUGAGGUGUGGGCCGUGCUGGGACUCCGCGUGGCGUGAGGUGUGGGCCGUGUGCGGGUGGAGGCGGGGCUCACGUGGUGCUCAGCUGUCUCGUGCGCGCCGGGGCGUCAUCCUUCGAACUGUGAUAGUUUGCUAAUGAACUGCAGCCAUAGUGUGAAUACAGAACAUAUGACAUA